AUGUCUCUAUUUGAAGGUAUGUCGAUAAAAUCUUCAGAUCAAAAAGGAAAAGGAAAAAAUUCAACUAAUAAAAAUAAUGAAAUAAAAGAAGUGAUACUAGGAAAUAAUGAACUUUUAUAUGAUAAAAAUUUGAUAAAAGUAAAGAAAGUUGAUAAUGAUAUAUUUCAUGAUAAAAAUGGAAAUAUUUUAAAUUAUACAGAAAAUGAAAAGUGUGAAGAAGAAAAAAAUAAUAGUCUAUAUGAAUCAAAAAAAAAUACUUCUAAUUAUGAUUUUGAAAUAUUAUCUGAUUCUACUAUUUAUGAAAAUAAAAAUAAUAAACUAGAUGGAGCACACAUAUAUAAAAGUAUAAAUGGCAAUGAAAAAAUUAUAAAAAAUAAUAUAAUAGCAAAUAGUCACGAUAGUUUAAAUAAAAUUAAGUCAAAUGAUCUUAACUAUAUAAAAAAUGAUGAAAAUAAUUUUAAUUAUUUAGAAAAAAAAUAUUGUGAUCUGAAUAAUAGUUUAAAUGGGGAAAAUGAAAAUAAUUAUUUGAUGAAUAUACAAAAUAACAAUUCUUCUAUGGAACCAGAUACAAAAUGUACAGAUAAUGAAAACAUACAGAAAAAAGGAUAUCUUUAUGAUGAUAAAAAUGAAUUAAACUAUUUCUUAAAUAUUAUUCAGAACAUUUUCAAGGAAAAUAAAAAUUUUCAUUUUAUUUCUUUAAAAAAUAUUUUUCAAAAAUUAUACGAAGAUAAUGUUAAUAAGAACAUACUAAUUAUUUUAUACUUCUAUAUUUACCAUUCUUAUAUUUAUAAAAAAAUAUAUAAUUUAAAAGCAGAAUAUAAUUGUGAUAAAUUAAUAUAUAAAUUGUUAUUGAAUAUUUAUAAGAUACGAAAAAAAAGAAAAAGAGAUAAAGAAAAAGAAAAAAUACUUAUUAUAAAAGAAAAAUUGGAUAUUGCAGAUAUAAUUCAAAAUAAAAUAUUUAAUUAUAAUUUUAUGUUAAUGAAAAUUGAGGAUUACAUUAUUCAAUUAUUUAAAAGGAAAAAAAACAUAUAUCAUAAUAAUUAUUUUUUGAAAAUUUAUGUUUGUAACUUUUUUAAAAUUAUUAUACGUAACAUAUAUUUAAAUAAAAAAAAAGAAAAGAAAAAUCAGAAAACAUAUGUUGAAGAAAAAAAAAAAGAACUUCAUUCUGAAGAAGUGAAUAUUUUAGGAAAAGAAAAAAAAUUAAUUGAAGAAGAACAGAGUAUUAUAAAGGAAAAAGAAAAAACAGAAAACGAAAGUGAAAAUAUAAAUAAAUGCAUAAAUGAUGUUUCAAUAAAAUAUGAUGAACAAUUAAACGAAAUUAAUGAUAAAAUAAAUACCAUUGAUGAUAAUAUAAAAGAUCUAGAAAAAAAACUUGAAUUGAUGAAAAUUGAAAAAAUGCAAACAUUAAAAGUAAGAGACAAUUUAGAAAAUGAUAAGAACAAAGAAAUAAAUUUAUUAUUAUUAAAAAAGAUGGAAAUAAAUACAAAUCUUAAUUUUUUAAACAACUCAAUUUCUAGUAUAAAUGAAAAAAGAAAACAAAUUAAUGAAGAAAAAGAAAAAAUGAAAUAUAUGUCAAACAAUUUAAGAACUAUAUAUGAAAAUUUUCAUAAAAAAAAAGUUAUGACAGAUAUUUUAAUUAUCCAAUUACAAAAAAUUAUUCAAAAUUUCUAUGAGAAUAAUGAUAUAUAUGAUAAUAAAAAUAGUUUUAUCAAUUUAUCUGCAAAGGGGGAUACAGUCCCUCAAUUAAAUGAGGUAAAUAUUAAAGAUUUUGUAGAAGAAAAUUAUACAGAAAAUGGAAAAGAAUUCAUAAAUUUAAAUAAGGAUAAAAAUGAAAUAAAAAAAGUAAUAAAAAUUGAAAAUUCAAGUAACAAUAUAUUAGACACUAAUCAAGUAUUUAAAGAAAUUAAUUCAAUAUAUAAUACAAGUAGUGAAGGAUCUAAGAGUAUAAAAGAUGGUGAUAUGAUGAAAAAUGAGAAAAUUGAAAAAAAGAAUAAUAUAAAUAAAUUUACAAGUAAAAAUUGCACAAGCACUUAUAAUUUAGAUCUGUCUAAUUCUUUAAGGAAAAUAUUUUUAUUAAAAAAAAAAAUAUUUAGGUUAGAAAAUUAUAUUAACUGCAUAAAAGAAAAAAAAAAAAAACUAAUGAUCGAUGUAAACCAGUAUAACUGCGAAAUAGUUAAUAUAAAUAUUAAAAAGGAAAAUUUGAAAAAUAAAAAGAAGAUUUUACUUAAAAAUAAAAUGUUGAAUGAAAUAAAAAAUACUAUUAGUGAACUUAAUGAAUUAUUAAAAACAGAGAGUGUCUUUUUCAACCAAUUGGAAAAUUUUAAAGUGGAUAUGAACAAUCUAAAUAAAAAAUAUAUUCUUUUGAAGGAAAAAAAAGAAAAAAUAAAAGAAAAAUUGUUUCUUUUUGAGAAAAAGUUAUUGAAAAGUGAAAUAAUAAAUGUUAAAUAUUACUUAAAUGAAAUAAAUAAAAUUAAUUCUCAAAAAAUGUCAGAUGAAGAUUUAACAAAUGAAUUAGACAAAAAUAAAGAGGAUGUAGGAGAAAAGGAAAAUACAAGAGAAAGAAAAAUUGAGAAUGAAAAAAUAAAAGAAGAAAAUAAACAAAAAGGGAUUGAAAAAGAAAUAAUUGAAGAAAAAAAUGAGAAAAAAAAAGUUAUGAAUGAAAAAAAAGUAGAGAUUAAAGAAGGUGAGAAAGAAAAAGAGGAGAUAAGAAAUGAAGAAGAUUUUUUGUUUUCUGAAGAUUCCGAAGAAAGUAUAAUAAAAGUAAAUUUCACGAAAAUAAUAGAUGAAUUAGAGGAUAUAAGUUCAGUUAGAGAAUACGAUGAAUCAAACAGUGAUAGAAAAAAUAAAAAUGAUUUAAAUGAAAGUUCAUUUCUUUGUAAUUUUAAAGAUAAUGAUAAAGAAAAAGAAACUGUCAUAAAAUUGAAUCAAAUUGAAAAUAGUGAAAUUGAAAAUUGCGAAUUUGAGAAUAGUGAAGUUGAAAAGAGUGAAAUUGAAAUUAGUGAAGUUGAAGUUGAAAAGAGUGAAAUUGAGAAUAAUGAAAUUGAAAUUAGUGAAAUUGAGAAUAAUGAAAUUGAAAAGAGUGAAAUUGAAAUUAGUGAUAUUGAAAAUAGUGAAGUUGAAAUUAGUGAACUUGAAAAAAAUAAAAAUGAAAAUAGUGAAAAUGAAAAUAAUGAAGUUGAAAAAAAUAAAAAUAAGAAUAGCAAAAAUGAAAAUAGUGAAGUUGAGAAUGAACAAAUAGAAAAAAAUGAGUCAGCAACAUCUUUAAUUAAGACAAAUGAAAAAAAAAAAUUGUUACCAAAAGAAAAUAGUCAUAGAAUUUUUGAAAUUAAUGAAAAUAAAAAUAAAAUAAAAAACGAAGAAUCUAAUACAAAUAAUAAUCAUUUCCAUAGUAAUAAUUAUUAUAAUGAAUUAUUUAAUACGUUAAAAAGUCUAAACAAAGAAGAAAGUAAAACAUUUGAAAAUAUUUUAUACAAAUAUAAAACUUUUUAUACGUUAAAUGAAAAUAUAGAUUACAAUAUAUUAGAACAAGAAAUUCAAAAAAUUUAUAAUAAUAUAGUAGAAGAGGAGAAAAUUUUUAAAAUGAAAAAAUUAACCAUUUUGAAUAAAAAAAAAAAUGUAUUAAAAAAAUAUUAUCAUUAUACUUCAGACAAUAGUGAAGAUGAUGAAUUAAAUCUUUAA